UGAAUGAUAUACAAGCUCUUUCUACCCAGAACAUCAGCAUGGAUAUCACCAUGUUCAAUAGUCUGAAUCCUGCUGUUCUCAAGAUCCUAAAUGUGAGCACAGUGAGGGCUCUAAUGGGGGUAAACCUGGCUGAUCUGAAGCUGUUUGAGAACUCCUCAGUGGUUCAGUCCUGGGUGGCACAACAGAACCAAUCUGAUCUGAACACGCUGAAUCUUGGCAUCAUCAACCACAACCCUUGUUAUGGUGUAGAAAGUCACACUCUUGAUAGCGAGUUUGCAUCUGGAAAUAUUUCUGCAGUAUUGUGCAACUUUAGCAUUCCUGACUAUGCCUGUUCAUCAGUUGCCGUAUUGUCCUCUAAUGAUCUGGUCACACUGCUCACAUGCAAACUGCCAAGCAGCCUGAGCGUCUCUAAAGACGCUUGGAAGCUUUUCUUCCAGAAUUUUUCUGGACCUUUGGAUGACGCCCUGGAGAGCUUUUCAAACGUGACGGACAGCAGCAUUCAGACUGACCCAAAUAUACUUGAUGCCAUCGGGGAGGUGAUAAUCGACAAGUUCACCGCAGCAGAGCUGGUGAAUGCCACUUUCAUCACUGUGUGGUUCCAGAUCAGGCUCCGACCAUUUUUGUCAUCGGUGUCCAAAGAUUUUCUGUCCAGUCUCGGUUCACAAACCUUCAGCUGUGAGACCUACCAGAUUGUGGUGCAAGCUCUCAGCAGUCAAGAAUCUCUCAUGAAGGAGGAGCAGAAGCAGAUGGUCUUUACUUGGUUCAUCUUUCCCUUCCUGUUAAGAAAUGACCUUCCAGACCCUCGCUGUCUUUCCAACACUUCCGGCAGCAACGACUGGCUUGAAAAGAACCUUGGCAGUUUCUCCGAUUAUGCUUCUUUGGAAGUGCUCAAACUUCUAAAUGCAAAUUUCUCUAGCGUUGAAGUGUUAGACUUACUGUCCAGUGAACAGAAGGCACAGUUCAUCUUGCAUUCAGGAGUGUUGGCAAAUGACUCUGUGUUUAGAGAGGUGUUUAGCAGUGUGAUCACAUCUUUAGAUCUGAAUCAACUUGGCAGCUUCUUCGAAGCCUUCAGUCAGACUGCAAUACAAAUGAACAUGACUAGCAUUCCUUCAGCAAUAUCAGACACCAUUCUAAACAUGACACUCUUGGAUCUGGUGCCUCACUUCCAAACUUUCAGCCCAGAGGACUUUGCCUUGUGGUUCCAGACUUACCUUUCCUUGUUCCUUCCUGGGAUUAGUCCAAACACCCUGUCCAUCAUCCCCAUGAACAUCAGCUGUGACUCCUACAGAGAGAUAGUUAAAGGACUUGAUAAUGUGUACAGUGACCUUUCUGCCACCCAGUCAAACACGGUCUUCAAUUAUACACAAGACUAUGUCAAGUACCAGUCCAGCCAAGGCCUGAGCUGCUAUGGCACAGGGAGCUUCUAUGUGUUCCUGAAACAGUUGUUCCUCAAUUUUGGAUUCCCUGACCUAAAAGAUUUCCUGUCUCUGAUCCCAGGAGACCGCCUGGCAGAGCUGUUGGGCUCCAUCUCUCCGGAAGAACUCAGUGAGUUUCUGAACAGGCCGGACACAGUCAUUAAUGCUUCUGACCUCUGCACCCUCCUCAACAACUACAAUAGAACCAACCAGUACCUGGAGAUGGAGACUGUCUUGUCCUCAGCUCUGGCCAGCUACACUUUGGAAUGUGUGUUGUCUCGUGCUCUCACUGCCUCAUCUCAGGCUGAGGUAGAACAGUGGUUUGAUGUUACACUGCUUCACUACCUGCCCUACCUCAACUCUCAUCUCAUCAGCUCUGCCCAGCUCAGUGGUGCCUCCUGUCUGUCAUACAGAAAAUUAGUGUCUAUCUUGGGGGACAAUUACAAUUUUUCUGCAACUGAUUUUACCCCAGCUGAUGUGUACAGCUCCAUUACAGUGUAUCUGAACAGCAGCGAUGGCAGCCCCCGCUGCUAUAACUCCUCAGAUCCCCUUCUGAACUCCACUGCCUGGUUUGCUGACAACAUUGGAUUCUUCAUCACUUUCAUCACCCUCACUGAUCUGCAAUCAUUCCUAUCAGGAAACAUGUCAAGUGUGUUCCUGGAGAACUCAGAAAAUCUUCAGCUAUUCAACAACUCAGGCAUUUCCACCAGUGUCUUGGAGUACUACACAAACGAGUUAUACAUCCAGAAUCCUGAUUUCAGCCCACUUGGAUUGCCAGCUGAAUUGCUGUGUCGAUCUCCUGCCUCUGUGUUUGAACGUCUUGGAGAUGAAGACAUCACGUCCAUCCUGAAUCGCAUCAACGACUUCUGCACAGAAAUAAAUCCAGAGGUCACAGCGGUGCUAGUAGCAAAGUUCCCCAAUGUAUCUGCAUCCAUCAUCCAAUCUUUGGGCAGCCAGUGUGUGGGCCUGACUGUGGGCCAGAUAAGCUCCGCCCCCUCCGAUGUGAUAAACAGUUCUCUGUCUAUACUCAGUAGCAUCAAUGGCUGGGACCAGGGCCAAGUCAACUCCAUCAUCCAAAGCAUCAUUAGUGCAGGCUUUACUAUCAGCAGUGCCUCCUCUCUGGAGUCCCUGGGAACACUCAUAGGUGGCGUUCUCUCUGCAAACAUCUCCAUCAUCCCAUCUUCUCAGCUUGUGUCUUUAUCUCAGAAUCCAACAUUCAUCAAUAACAUUAUCUCAGCGCCAGUUAUUCUACAAAAUACAUUUGUCCAGAAGGUAAUCUCUGUAGACCAUUCCAAAGUGCUAGAGAAUGUUCCAGAUGCACUGGUGAUGUAUAUUCCACUUGUUCUACUGACGUCACUGAGCUCUGUUGAUGUUUCACUCAUCAAUAACAAGAGCUGGAGUCAUGAACAGGCUAUGAUGUUGUUUGGUGCAGUGGCCAGUGCCAGUGAUGAUCCAGAAGAUCUGUCAACUUCAAUACUGCAGGGAUUCUCCUGCAGCUCAGUUCAGACUCUCCCACAGCAGAAAGCCAAAGAUCUUGUGAAAGCCUGUAGACCACGUGAAGGCAGAGACAAGGUCCAUCUGAAAGAGGCACAGCUGACCUGCAUGUACAACUACAUGAAAGACGAUCCAUCUGUUAACUUUACUGACAUCCCCUCUGAAAUGCUUCUGUACUACAGCUAUGAGAAGAUACAGAAGGUGAACUGCCAGGCAUAUUUCAGUGCCCUGGGCAGAGCAGAUUUCUCCGUUCUGUCUCUUGGCCUUGACAAAAAAGACAUUCUGUUCAACCAUGCAAAGAACUGCCUGGGUAUAUCCGGUGCGAGUCUGACCAGUCAUCAGGUGGAAGUUCUGGGAAAUAUGGCCUGCACACUAGACUCCUCCUACAUCCAGAACUCUGACCCUCUCAUUCUUGAGAAACUGAAGAACUGUGAAGAUCUUUCUGAUUCUCAAAUCACUGCUGUACAGUUACUACUCCUCAGUGGGAAUACUGCUUAUGGCAAUCCCUCAAUGUGGAAUGAAGAGACCGUGGAGCAACUCAGCAACCUGGCGGUUUAUUUCAAAUCAGACAUCUGCAACAAACUUAGCUUUAAUGUAAAAAGGAAGUUCCUUUCGGUCCUGAGGGAGCAGAAGAUCCCACUGAAGAAGCUAAGGACAUUCUUUACAGAAUGCAACUCAGAAAGCACUACAGUGAGCAACAUCACAGCAGUGACAAUUUCAGACCCAUCAUUUCCUUUUGGCUUUAACUCCACGCAGUUUGAUCUGUAUCUGGACAUCACUGUACUGCAGGACAACCUGGCAGCCAUCACUGAAAAAGUGGUGGACACCAGCCUCCAGACUGUCAUUCUGAACAAGUUAAACCAGAUUUACCCGUCAGGUCUUAAUGACGGUGUACUGCAGCUACUGGGUUCCACUUCUCGUGUGGCCACUACUGAUGACAUUAGCAAGUGGAAUAUUACCAUAAUUGACACAUUGUCCUCCUUGAUGGACUCAAAUGCUGGACACUGGGAAAAAGAAAAGAGUAAAGCGGUGAUUAUGAGGUAUCUGAGCAUGGGAAAUCACUCUCUGGGAAGUGCUGAAAUAAAUGUAGUUGGUUCCAACAUCUGCACUUUAGACAUCAGUGUGCUGGAAAAUAUCACUGCUGAGAGCCUAACGUCAGUCUUGUCUCCAGAUCUGUCCUCAUGUUCCAUCGAACAGAAAUCUGCUCUGUACAUCAUCGCUAACUCUUCAUUCAGCAAUCAACGCAGCAGUUCUACAACUUUCUACCAACUCAUCAGACCUUACCUGGGUGGAGCUCCUGUGAAUGAUAUACAAGCUCUUUCUACCCAGAACAUCAGCAUGGAUAUCACCAUGUUCAAUAGUCUGAAUCCUGCUGUUCUCAAGAUCCUAAAUGUGAGCACAGUGAGGGCUCUAAUGGGGGUAAACCUGGCUGAUCUGAAGCUGUUUGAGAACUCCUCAGUGGUUCAGUCCUGGGUGGCACAACAGAACCAAUCUGAUCUGAACACGCUGAAUCUUGGCAUCAUCAACCACAACCCUUGUUAUGGUGUAGAAAGUCACACUCUUGAUAGCGAGUUUGCAUCUGGAAAUAUUUCUGCAGUAUUGUGCAACUUUAGCAUUCCUGACUAUGCCUGUUCAUCAGUUGCCGUAUUGUCCUCUAAUGAUCUGGUCACACUGCUCACAUGCAAACUGCCAAGCAGCCUGAGCGUCUCUAAAGACGCUUGGAAGCUUUUCUUCCAGAAUUUUUCUGGACCUUUGGAUGACGCCCUGGAGAGCUUUUCAAACGUGACGGACAGCAGCAUUCAGACUGACCCAAAUAUACUUGAUGCCAUCGGGGAGGUGAUAAUCGACAAGUUCACCGCAGCAGAGCUGGUGAAUGCCACUUUCAUCACUGUGUGGUUCCAGAUCAGGCUCCGACCAUUUUUGUCAUCGGUGUCCAAAGAUUUUCUGUCCAGUCUCGGUUCACAAACCUUCAGCUGUGAGACCUACCAGAUUGUGGUGCAAGCUCUCAGCAGUCAAGAAUCUCUCAUGAAGGAGGAGCAGAAGCAGAUGGUCUUUACUUGGUUCAUCUUUCCCUUCCUGUUAAGAAAUGACCUUCCAGACCCUCGCUGUCUUUCCAACACUUCCGGCAGCAACGACUGGCUUGAAAAGAACCUUGGCAGUUUCUCCGAUUAUGCUUCUUUGGAAGUGCUCAAACUUCUAAAUGCAAAUUUCUCUAGCGUUGAAGUGUUAGACUUACUGUCCAGUGAACAGAAGGCACAGUUCAUCUUGCAUUCAGGAGUGUUGGCAAAUGACUCUGUGUUUAGAGAGGUGUUUAGCAGUGUGAUCACAUCUUUAGAUCUGAAUCAACUUGGCAGCUUCUUCGAAGCCUUCAGUCAGACUGCAAUACAAAUGAACAUGACUAGCAUUCCUUCAGCAAUAUCAGACACCAUUCUAAACAUGACACUCUUGGAUCUGGUGCCUCACUUCCAAACUUUCAGCCCAGAGGACUUUGCCUUGUGGUUCCAGACUUACCUUUCCUUGUUCCUUCCUGGGAUUAGUCCAAACACCCUGUCCAUCAUCCCCAUGAACAUCAGCUGUGACUCCUACAGAGAGAUAGUUAAAGGACUUGAUAAUGUGUACAGUGACCUUUCUGCCACCCAGUCAAACACGGUCUUCAAUUAUACACAAGACUAUGUCAAGUACCAGUCCAGCCAAGGCCUGAGCUGCUAUGGCACAGGGAGCUUCUAUGUGUUCCUGAAACAGUUGUUCCUCAAUUUUGGAUUCCCUGACCUAAAAGAUUUCCUGUCUCUGAUCCCAGGAGACCGCCUGGCAGAGCUGUUGGGCUCCAUCUCUCCGGAAGAACUCAGUGAGUUUCUGAACAGGCCGGACACAGUCAUUAAUGCUUCUGACCUCUGCACCCUCCUCAACAACUACAAUAGAACCAACCAGUACCUGGAGAUGGAGACUGUCUUGUCCUCAGCUCUGGCCAGCUACACUUUGGAAUGUGUGUUGUCUCGUGCUCUCACUGCCUCAUCUCAGGCUGAGGUAGAACAGUGGUUUGAUGUUACACUGCUUCACUACCUGCCCUACCUCAACUCUCAUCUCAUCAGCUCUGCCCAGCUCAGUGGUGCCUCCUGUCUGUCAUACAGAAAAUUAGUGUCUAUCUUGGGGGACAAUUACAAUUUUUCUGCAACUGAUUUUACCCCAGCUGAUGUGUACAGCUCCAUUACAGUGUAUCUGAACAGCAGCGAUGGCAGCCCCCGCUGCUAUAACUCCUCAGAUCCCCUUCUGAACUCCACUGCCUGGUUUGCUGACAACAUUGGAUUCUUCAUCACUUUCAUCACCCUCACUGAUCUGCAAUCAUUCCUAUCAGGAAACAUGUCAAGUGUGUUCCUGGAGAACUCAGAAAAUCUUCAGCUAUUCAACAACUCAGGCAUUUCCACCAGUGUCUUGGAGUACUACACAAACGAGUUAUACAUCCAGAAUCCUGAUUUCAGCCCACUUGGAUUGCCAGCUGAAUUGCUGUGUCGAUCUCCUGCCUCUGUGUUUGAACGUCUUGGAGAUGAAGACAUCACGUCCAUCCUGAAUCGCAUCAACGACUUCUGCACAGAAAUAAAUCCAGAGGUCACAGCGGUGCUAGUAGCAAAGUUCCCCAAUGUAUCUGCAUCCAUCAUCCAAUCUUUGGGCAGCCAGUGUGUGGGCCUGACUGUGGGCCAGAUAAGCUCCGCCCCCUCCGAUGUGAUAAACAGUUCUCUGUCUAUACUCAGUAGCAUCAAUGGCUGGGACCAGGGCCAAGUCAACUCCAUCAUCCAAAGCAUCAUUAGUGCAGGCUUUACUAUCAGCAGUGCCUCCUCUCUGGAGUCCCUGGGAACACUCAUAGGUGGCGUUCUCUCUGCAAACAUCUCCAUCAUCCCAUCUUCUCAGCUUGUGUCUUUAUCUCAGAAUCCAACAUUCAUCAAUAACAUUAUCUCAGCGCCAGUUAUUCUACAAAAUACAUUUGUCCAGAAGGUAAUCUCUGUAGACCAUUCCAAAGUGCUAGAGAAUGUUCCAGAUGCACUGGUGAUGUAUAUUCCACUUGUUCUACUGACGUCACUGAGCUCUGUUGAUGUUUCACUCAUCAAUAACAAGAGCUGGAGUCAUGAACAGGCUAUGAUGUUGUUUGGUGCAGUGGCCAGUGCCAGUGAUGAUCCAGAAGAUCUGUCAACUUCAAUACUGCAGGGAUUCUCCUGCAGCUCAGUUCAGACUCUCCCACAGCAGAAAGCCAAAGAUCUUGUGAAAGCCUGUAGACCACGUGAAGGCAGAGACAAGGUCCAUCUGAAAGAGGCACAGCUGACCUGCAUGUACAACUACAUGAAAGACGAUCCAUCUGUUAACUUUACUGACAUCCCCUCUGAAAUGCUUCUGUACUACAGCUAUGAGAAGAUACAGAAGGUGAACUGCCAGGCAUAUUUCAGUGCCCUGGGCAGAGCAGAUUUCUCCGUUCUGUCUCUUGGCCUUGACAAAAAAGACAUUCUGUUCAACCAUGCAAAGAACUGCCUGGGUAUAUCUGGUGCGAGUCUGACCAGUCAUCAGGUGGAAGUUCUGGGAAAUAUGGCCUGCACACUAGACUCCUCCUACAUCCAGAACUCUGACCCUCUCAUUCUUGAGAAACUGAAGAACUGUGAAGAUCUUUCUGAUUCUCAAAUCACUGCUGUACAGUUACUACUCCUCAGUGGGAAUACUGCUUAUGGCAAUCCCUCAAUGUGGAAUGAAGAGACCGUGGAGCAACUCAGCAACCUGGCGGUUUAUUUCAAAUCAGACAUCUGCAACAAACUUAGCUUUAAUGUAAAAAGGAAGUUCCUUUCGGUCCUGAGGGAGCAGAAGAUCCCACUGAAGAAGCUAAGGACAUUCUUUACAGAAUGCAACUCAGAAAGCACUACAGUGAGCAACAUCACAGCAGUGACAAUUUCAGACCCAUCAUUUCCUUUUGGCUUUAACUCCACGCAGUUUGAUCUGUAUCUGGACAUCACUGUACUGCAGGACAACCUGGCAGCCAUCACUGAAAAAGUGGUGGACACCAGCCUCCAGACUGUCAUUCUGAACAAGUUAAACCAGAUUUACCCGUCAGGUCUUAAUGACGGUGUACUGCAGCUACUGGGUUCCACUUCUCGUGUGGCCACUACUGAUGACAUUAGCAAGUGGAAUAUUACCAUAAUUGACACAUUGUCCUCCUUGAUGGACUCAAAUGCUGGACACUGGGGAAAAGAAAAGAGUAAAGCGGUGAUUAUGAGGUAUCUGAGCAUGGGAAAUCACUCUCUGGGAAGUGCUGAAAUAAAUGUAGUUGGUUCCAACAUCUGCACUUUAGACAUCAGUGUGCUGGAAAAUAUCACUGCUGAGAGCCUAACGUCAGUCUUGUCUCCAGAUCUGUCCUCAUGUUCCAUCGAACAGAAAUCUGCUCUGUACAUCAUCGCUAACUCUUCAUUCAGCAAUCAACGCAGCAGUUCUACAACUUUCUACCAACUCAUCAGACCUUACCUGGGUGGCGCUCCUGUCGAGGAUAUUCAAGCUCUUUCUAUCCAGAACAUCAGCAUGGACAUCACCAUAUUCACUACUCUAAAUCCUACUGUACUUAUGGUCCUGAAUGUGAGCACAGUGAAGGAUCUAAUGGGAUUAAAUGUGGCUGACUUAAAGCUAUUUGAGAACUCUUCAAUAGUUCAGUUCUGGGUGUCACAACAGAAUCAGUCUGAUUUAGAUAUUUUGAAUCUUGGCAUCACAAACACAGACAGUAAUAAUUAUACGACCAUCAUCAGUACUACCACUCCUAGUACCACAACAGCUACUGACACUGCCAUAUCUACUGUGAGCACACCUGUCACUAGUGCCAUCCUCAAUAUCAGUGCUUCCCCCACUACAAGUUUUAAAGUCACCACUUCUUUUGGAACAACUGUCAACAUGACUGCAACUACCAAUGCCAUCCUCAACACUACUACUUCCCCCACUACAAGUAUUAAAAUUAACCCUUCGUUUGGAACAACUGUCAAUAUGACUGCAACCAAUCCAACUACCAAUGCCUUCCUCAACACUACUACUUCCCCAACUACAAGUAUUAAAAUCACUCCUUCAUUGGAAACAACUGUCAAUAUGACUGCAACCAAUCCAACUACCAAUGCCUUCCUCAACACUACUACUUCCCCCACUACAAGUAUUAAAAUCACCCCUUCAUUGGAAACAACUGUCAAUAUGACUGCAACCAAUCCAACUACCAAAGCCUUCCUCAACACUACUACUUCCCCCACUACAAGUAUUAAAAUCACCCCUUCAUUGGAAACAACUGUCAAUAUGACUGCAACCAAUCCAACUACCAAAGCCUUCCUCAACACUACUACUUCCCCCACUACAAGUAUUAAAAUCACCCCUUCAUUUGGAACAACUGUCAAUAUGACUGCAACCAAUCCAACUACCAAAGCCUUCCUCAACACUACUACUUCCCCCACUACAAGUAUUAAAAUCACCCCUUCAUUGGAAACAACUGUCAAUAUGACUGCAACCAAUCCAACUACCAAAGCCUUGCUCAACACUACUACUUCCCCAACUACAAGUAUUAAAAUCACCCCUUCAUUGGAAACAACUGUCAAUAUGACUGCAACCAAUCCAACUACCAAAGCCUUCCUCAACACUACUACUUCCCCCACUACAAGUAUUAAAAUCACCCCUUCAUUGGAAACAACUGUCAAUAUGACUGCAACCAAUCCAACUACCAAUGCCAUCCUCAGCACUACUACUUCCCCCACUACAAGUAUUAAAAUUAACCCUUCGUUUGGAACAACUGUCAAUAUGACUGCAACCAAUCCAACUACCAAAGCCUUCCUCAACACUACUACUUCCCCCACUACAAGUAUUAAAAUCACCCCUUCAUUGGAAACAACUGUCAAUAUGACUGCAACCAAUCCAACUACCAAAGCCUUCCUUAACACUACUACUUCCCCCACUACAAGUAUUAAAAUUACCCCUUCAUUUGGAACAACUGUCAGUAUGACUGCAACCAAUCCAACUACCAAAGCCUUCCUCAACACUACUACUUCCCCCACUACAAGUAUUAAAAUUAACCCUUCAUUUGGAACAACUGUCAAUAUGACUGCAACCAAUCCAACUACCAAAGCCUUCCUCAACACUACUACUUCCCCAACUACAAGUAUUAAAAUCACUCCUUCAUUUGAAAACAACACCAGUGUCCCUGUCAACCCAUGUCAAGGUGUAGACAGCCAGGCAAUUGAGACUACACUUUUGUAUGGAAAUGCUUCUGCAGUACUGUGCAACUUCAGCAUCACUGACUAUGCCUGUUCAUCAGUUGCUGGUCUGUCCACUGAGGAUCUAGCCAAACUGCUAACAUGUGAAACAACAGGCAGCAUAAAGUACACCAAAGAUAUUUGGAAACUUUUCUUUAACAAAUUUGCUGCACAUUUGGAUGAAGCACUGGAUAAGGUUUACAGCAUGACCCUAAUCAGUGCUGUUGCUGACCCAAAUUUACUUGAUGCCAUCGGGGAGGUGAUAAUCAGCAAGUUCACUGCAGCACAGCUGGUGAAUGCUAUUUUCAUCACUGAGUGGUUCCAGAUCAGGCUUCGACCAUUUUUGUCAUCAGUGUCUAAAGAUUUUCUGUCCAGUCUCAGUUCAAAAACCUUCAGCUGUGAGACCUACCAGAUUGUGGUGCAAGCUCUCAGCAGUCAAGAAUCUCUCAUGAAGGAGGAGCAGAAGCAGAUGGUCUUUACUUGGUUCAUCUUUCCCUUCCUGUUAAGAAAUGACCUUCCAGACCCUCGCUGUCUUUCCAACACUUCCGGCAGCAACGACUGGCUUGAAAAGAACCUUGGCAGUUUCUCCGAUUAUGCUUCUUUGGAAGUGCUCAAACUUCUAAAUGCAAAUUUCUCUAGCGUUGAAGUGCUAGGCUUACUGUCCAGUGAACAGAAGGCACAGUUCAUCUUGCAUUCAGGAGUGUUGGCAAAUGACUCUGUGUUUAGAGAGGUGUUUAGCAGUGUGAUCACAUCUUUAGAUCUGAAUCAACUUGGAAGCUUCCUCGAAGCCUUCAAUGAGACUGCAAUACAAAUGAACAUGACUAGCAUUCCUUCAGCAAUAUCAGACACCAUUCUAAACAUGACACUCUUGGAUCUGGUGCCUCACUUCCAAACUUUCAGCCCAGAGGACUUUGCCCUGUGGUUCCAGACUUACCUUUCCUUGUUCCUUCAUGGGAUUAGUCCAAACACCCUGUCCAUCAUCCCCAUGAACAUCAGCUGUGACUCCUACAGAGAGAUAGUCAAAGGAUUUAAUGAUGUGUACAGUGAUCUUUCUACCAUCCAGUCCAUCAUGGUCUUCAAUUACACACAAGACUAUCUCAAGUACCAGUCCAGCCAAGGCCUGAGCUGCUAUGGCACAGGGAGCUUCUAUGUGUUCCUGAAACAGUUGUUCCUCAAUUUUGGAUUCCCUGACCUGAAAGAUUUCCUGUCUCUGAUCCCAGGAGACCGCCUGGCAGAGCUGUUGGGCUCCAUCUCUCUGGAAGAACUCAGUGAGUUUCUGAACAGGCCGGACACAGUCAUUAAUGCUUCUGACCUCUGCACCCUCCUCAACAACUACAAUAGAACCAACCAGUACCUGGAGAUGGAGACUGUCUUGUCCUCAGCUCUGGCCAGCUACACUUUGGAAUGUGUGUUGUCUCGUGCUCUCACUGCCUCAUCUCAGGCUGAGGUAGAACAGUGGUUUGAUGUUACACUGCUUCACUACCUGCCCUACCUCAACUCUCAUCUCAUCAGCUCUGCCCAGCUCAGUGGUGCCUCCUGUCUGUCAUACAGAAAAUUAGUGUCUAUCUUGGGGGACAGUUACAAUUUUUCUGCAACUGAUUUUACCCCAGCUGAUGUGUACAGCUCUAUUAAAGUGUACCUGAACAGCAGCGAUGGCAGCCCCCGCUGCUAUAACUCCUCAGAUCCUCUUCUGAACUCCACUGCCUGGUUUGCUGACAACAUUGGAUUCUUCAUCACUUUCAUCACCCUCACUGAUCUGCAAUCAUUCUUAUCAGAUAGCAAGAUUGGAGUGUUCCUGGAAAAUUCAGAAAAUCUUCAGUUGUUUAGUAACUCAAAAAUUUCAGCAAGUGUCACAGAAUACUACACAACUCAAUUAUACAUCCAGAAUCCCAACUUUAACCCUCUCAGAUUACCAGGUGGACUUCUCUGUGAAGCACCCAGCUCUGCGUUUGUCCCUCUUGGAGAUGCAGACAGUCAGACCAUUCUCUUGAACAUCAACAAAUCGUGCAAUGAAAUCAAUCGAGAGGUCACAGUGACACUCGUGGAGAAGUUUCCUACUUUAUCGGCAUCUACAAUUCAGUUGCUUGGAAGCCAAAGUGUAGGCCUGACUGCGGGCCAGAUAAGCUCCGCCCCCCCCAAUGUGAUAUAUAGUGCUCUGUCUAUACUUAGUAACAUCAAUAGCUGGGACCAGGGCCAAGCAAGUGCUCUCAUCCAGAGCAUCAUUAGUGCAGGCUUUAAGAUCAACAGUACCUCCUCUCUGUUAUCUCUUGGCACACUAAUUGAAGGAGUUCCCUCUGCAGCCAUCUCCAGCAUCCCCUCUUCUCAGCUUCUGACUUUAUCCCAUAAUCCAUCAUUCAUUAAUAAUAUUUUGUCAGCACCAGUUAUUCUACAAGAAACCUUUGCCCAGCAGGUUAUCUCUGCAGACCAAACCAAAGUCAUAGAGAAUGUUCCAGAUUCACUCGUGAUGUAUAUCCCAGUUGCUCUACUCUCAUCACUAAGCUCAAUUGAUGUUUCACUCAUCAAUAACAAGAGCUGGAGCCAUGAACAGGCUAUGAUGCUGUUUGAUUCAGUGACAAGUGCCAGUGAUAAUCCAGAGAAUCUGUCAGCAUCAGUACUGCAAGGAUUCUCCUGCAGCUCAGUUCAGACUCUCCCACAGCAGAAAAUCAAAGAUCUAGUAAAAGCUUGUAGACCACGUGCAGGCAGAGACAAGGUCCUUCUAAAAGAGGCUCAGCUUACCUGCAUGUACAAAAUCAUGAAAGAAGACACUGUGAACUAUGCUGAUGUCCCUUCUGACAUGCUCCUCUACUACAGCUAUGACAAAGUGAAGCACAAGGACUGCAGAUCAUAUUUUACUGCUUUGGGAGGAGCAGAUUUCUCUGUACCUUCAAGCAUCCUCAACAUAGCGGCAACCCAAUUCGACAAUGCACGGGACUGCCUGGGUAUAUCUGGUGCGAGUCUGACUAGGGAUCAGGUGGAGGUUCUGGGGAAUAUGGCCUGUACACUGGACUCCUCCUACAUCCAGAACUCUGACCCUCUUAUUUUGGAGAAACUGAAGAACUGUGAAGAUCUUUCUGAUUCUCAGAUCAGUGCUAUACAGUCACUGCUCCUGAGUGGGAAGACUGUUUAUGGUAAUCCUCUAAAGUGGAAUGCAGAGACUCUGGGGAAGCUGAGCAUCCUGCCCCUCUAUUUCAAAUCAGACUUCUGGGGACAGUUCAGCUAUGAUCUAAAAAAGACAUUUAUAAAGUUAUUCAUGCCAUUUCUGAGGAAUAAAAAUAUCCCAAUACAGAAACUGAAGAAUUUUUUUGUGGAAUGCAACUCCAAAUUGUCCAAAAUCAAUCGUGUUGCAGUAUGCACCACUGGUCAGAUCACAGCAGUGACAAUUGCAGAUGCAUCAUUUCCUCUGGGAUAUGAUGCCACUCAAUUUGAUUUGUGUUUGAAUAACACUAUCCUUCAAGACAACCUGGCAGCCAUCACUGAGAAAGUGGUGGACUCCAGUUUCCAGACUGUCAUUCUAAACAAGUUAAACCAGAUCUACCCAUCAGGAAUUAAUGAUGGUGUUCUGCAGCUAUUGGGCUCCACAUCUCGCAUGGCAACUAUUGAUGACAUUAGCAAGUGGAAGAUUACCAUAAUAGACACACUAUCCUCUUUGAUGAACCCAAAAUUUGGCAACUGGGCACCAGAGAUGAGCAAUGCAGUGAUUUCAAGGUAUCUGAGUGUGGCUGAUCACACGCUUGGAACUGCAGAAAUAAAUGCAGUUGGUUCCAGCAUCUGUUCGUUAGAUGUCAGUGUACUGGAAAAUAUCACUGCUGAGAGCUUGAAGAAAGCAAACACUCUGGACUUGUCCUCGUGUUCCAUUCAACAGAAAUCUGCUCUGUACAUCAUCGGCGAGUCCUCUUUCAGUGGACAAAACAGCACUGCAAGAAUAUAUUACCAACUCAUCAGGCCUUACCUUGGUGGUGCUCCUGUGCAGGAUAUACAGGCUCUAUCUAUCAAGAAUGUUAAUAUGGAUGUCACCACAUUCAUGAAUCUAAACCCUGCUGUUAUCAUGUCUUUAAAUGUGAGCACAGUGGAAGGUCUACUUGGGGUGAAUUUGGCUGACCUGAAGCUGUUUGAGAACUCCUCAGUUGUUCAGUCCUGGGUGGCAAGGCAAAGCCAGUCUGAUUUGAAUACCCUGAACAUUGGCCUCAUUGGGGGCAAAAUCCCCUCUGUGACAUCUCAGCCAAACAUCACUACUGUCACCACCAGCCAGAUAAAUCAAACAACUUCUGCCAAUAGCACAGCUCAGGCAUCAGGUGCACCUAUGUUUCAUGCUGGAGCAUGGUUUCUCCCUUUGUGUGUAGGACUUUUGACUAUUGCACACACUAUUUACACAACAUAACAUCAUCUUUUAACUACUAAUACUUCUAUAAUCAAAUGUAAUUGCUGUUAUUCACAAUGAACGUGUUGUCUCAGUACUGCCAAUGGAAGAUUUUAAUAUAAUAGUACAUAUAGUAGUGUAGUAUCAUAUAUUAAUAUAGUAUAAUUAAUUACUAUUAUAGACCAAUAUUUUUUAAUGUAUUUUCUGUAUUUGUUAGAUUGUGAUGUUGUGUCUUACUAUAUUAUUUUGAAUACAACUGACAAAUUUGGGGUAUA